AUGAGUGCCUACAAUCAGACCGAGUUAAACUGUGUGGAAUGGCCCAACUUGGUUAAAUUCUCACAACUCUACGCCAAACUGCAUGGCUAUUUGGCCCUGAUUGUGUGUGUAUUCGGAAGUGUGACCAACAUUUUGAACGCCAUCAUUUUGACUCAAAGAAGUAUGCGCAACCCAACAAACGUCAUACUGACCGGAGUGGCCUCAGGGGACCUUGUGACUAUGAUAGCCUAUGGAAUAUACGCAGUCUACCUGAAUGUACUAACAGCACCAAGUCCAGAUGAAUACACACAUAGUUUGGCAAUGGUGCGAGUGAUACUGAUUACCCAAGGGCUCAUCCUUGGGUCGCACACGUUUUCAACUGUGUUGUUGGUCGUACUGGCCGUUCUACGAUGCCGGAUCAUGUAUGUGGUCACUUUGGGUCGGGGAUCGAAAAGCCAUGGAAAAACAGGAGUGCAACCGAAUGCACAGAAACGCAUUGUGUUAGUCGGAUUCGCCGUUGGGAUCGUAUUGGGCUUGACAGUGGGAAUUCCAGUGCACUUUAUAUAUGAGAUAGAACUGCGACCCCAUAACCAAACCUCACAAAUGAAUGUGACGCACAGUUUAAUGUCGUACUGGUUUGAUAUUCGACCUGGAGCGGAUGGUCUUGAACAUGGACACUUCGUACUGAAUGGAGUAUUCGUCAAAAUUCUGGCAUCCGUGCUCAUUUUCGUUCUAACCAGCUUCCUUCUGGUUACAAUGCGAAUAGCCGAAAAACACUACCAAGAACUGCAAAUGUUGUCCGGAAAAAAGCCUGCAAAGUUGGUACAGGCUGAGCGAGCAAAUACUGAAGACCUGACGAAAACCCGGGUGGGCACGAAUACCAACAGUGAAGUCGUUCCGUCUAUGCGUAUCUCUUGCUCUAACACAUCCAACGAGAAGCCCAGUAUGUUACGACUAAUAAACAAAACGCGGCAAACUCAGCGUGCAACUGUCAUGCUAAUCAUUUUAGUGAUAAGCUUCGUUGUUACCGAAGCUCCACAAGGUGUGGUCAACACACUGGUGGCAAUUAAGGGCGAUUGUUUCCACAACAAUGUCUACGUACCUUUAGGUGACAUAUUAGAUUUGUUAGUCCUGAUGAACUCGUCAGUGAAUUUCAUACUCUACUGUGCAAUGUCUCAGAUGUUUCGUGUGCAUUUCAGACAUUUGAUUGCCAAAUGCUGUUGUCCAUCUAUGUGUGUCGAAGCUAGAGGACAGCGAGACCUGACGAACCGGCCACCAUCGGCUUGGGCCACAACAAACAUGCCUAUGCACGUAGAAACCUGUUAUCAGCACACGUGGAUGCGUUCGAAAAAAGUGAUUUCCAACACCCCUGUUAUACUCCUAAAUGCACCGGCCUCGUCCGAUGGAAUCGUUCAUGACAAAACCGAUGAAAGAGUGAGGACCUGA